GGAAUAUGAGAGUGCUGUGGCUGCCCAGCUCUUGGCUGGGUUUAUGUUGCUGUGUGCAGCAGUGACUGCUGGCCUACCUCACUUUUGCCUUGCUGGUCACCUCCGAGUGUUGAGUGUCUAAGAGCCGUUGGCUGCACUGAAACGUUUGGCUCUUUCUCUUAGUAACAGCUUUUUACAUUCUGCCUCAAUUCUUCUCCAAUCUAAUCACUUGCAAUUGCCCCCUCCCCCCAUCAUAUAUCUCUUGGAUUUACCCCCCUCCUCUCCCCAGCUCUGCACCCCCACCCCCACCCCUUUUUUUCACCAGGGUAAUAACUGCAUAUUACCAGGCUUUGGAGCUGUGUAUCUGCUUGGGGAGGGAGCUGCUUAUCUUUGCAACAAAAUCAAGGGUUUCUUCUCAGACUGUAUCAAUAUCUAUUAAAAUAUACAAGCUGGGUCAUCUAGAACUGAUGUAAAACUAUUUCAAGAUCAUUAAACGUCUUCUUCGUUUUCUCUGGGAACAACCACCGUUUGCUGUGAACUCAUGGUUUAAGUGGGCAUAAAGAUGAGUAUAAGCAGUGAUGAGGUUAACUUCCUGGUGUACAGAUACUUGCAAGAAUCUGGGUUUUCCCAUUCAGCAUUCACUUUUGGUAUAGAAAGCCAUAUCAGCCAGUCUAAUAUCAAUGGUGCCCUGGUGCCUCCUGCUGCUUUAAUCUCUAUCAUUCAAAAAGGACUGCAGUAUGUGGAGGCAGAAGUCAGCAUUAAUGAGAUGGGUGAUUUCCUGUGGACGACAAAUAGCUACGUGUGCCAUUGCCUUAAGGAUGGUACCCUCUUCGAUGGCAGGCCUAUCGAAUCUCUGUCCCUCAUCGAUGCAGUUAUGCCUGACGUAGUGCAAACAAGGCAGCAGGCUUACAGAGACAAGCUUGCACAGCAACAAACUGCCGCCGCCGCUGCAGCUACACCAAACAAUCAGCAGCCACCUGCAAAGAAUGGGGAAAACACAGCUAAUGGGGAAGAGAAUGGAGGACAUGCACUAGCAAAUAACCACACUGACAUGAUGGAAGUUGAUGGAGAUGUCGAAAUCCCAUCAAGUAAGGCAGUGGUAUUACGUGGUCAUGAAUCAGAGGUGUUUAUUUGUGCUUGGAACCCAGUUAGUGACCUGCUGGCAUCAGGGUCAGGAGACUCAACAGCCCGAAUAUGGAAUCUUAGUGAAAAUAGUACUAGUGGUUCAACACAGCUUGUACUUCGACACUGUAUACGAGAAGGAGGUCAAGACGUUCCAAGUAAUAAGGAUGUAACUUCUUUAGACUGGAAUAGUGAAGGGACGCUUUUAGCAACUGGGUCUUAUGAUGGCUUUGCCAGAAUAUGGACUAAAGAUGGAAAUCUUGCAAGCACGCUCGGGCAACAUAAAGGACCCAUUUUUGCAUUGAAAUGGAACAAGAAAGGCAACUUCAUAUUAAGUGCAGGCGUAGACAAGACAACCAUUAUCUGGGAUGCUCACACAGGGGAAGCAAAGCAGCAGUUUCCUUUUCAUUCUGCACCAGCAUUAGAUGUGGAUUGGCAAAGCAACAACACAUUUGCUUCAUGCAGUACAGAUAUGUGCAUCCAUGUCUGUAAACUGGGUCAAGAUAGACCAAUAAAAACAUUCCAGGGACACACAAAUGAAGUAAACGCAAUAAAGUGGGAUCCUACUGGUAACCUCCUGGCAUCGUGCUCUGAUGACAUGACAUUAAAGAUAUGGAGUAUGAAGCACGACACUUGUGUUCAUGAUUUGCAAGCGCACAACAAAGAGAUCUAUACUAUUAAAUGGAGUCCUACUGGGCCGGGAACAAACAAUCCAAAUGCCAACCUAAUGCUAGCAAGUGCAUCAUUUGAUUCUACAGUUAGGUUGUGGGAUGUAGACAGAGGAAUCUGCAUUCAUACGCUGACAAAACAUCAGGAGCCUGUGUACAGUGUAGCCUUUAGUCCAGAUGGCCGCUACUUGGCCAGUGGUUCAUUUGACAAAUGUGUACACAUUUGGAAUACACAGACAGGUGCGUUAGUUCACAGCUAUCGGGGAACAGGGGGAAUAUUUGAGGUGUGUUGGAAUGCAGCAGGGGACAAAGUUGGAGCAAGUGCAUCAGAUGGUUCAGUUUGUGUAUUAGACCUACGAAAAUAGCGCUACUGGUUGGAAGCCAUGGACCGACUAUGAAUGUGUACAUAGCCAAAAUGACUGUCCCUGACCCAUGUACUGCUAUAGUCCCACUUAACCAUGGCCAGUCCACUUCAGCCAAACUGAAAUUAAACCUAUACAUAGAUAUUUAAAGUUAAAGGCAAAUCUCUGCAAUAUGUUGCACCUCCAGAGGACAGAGAUAUAUCACAUCUAAUGAAUAUAUGCGCUGGAAACGGGUUUCUCUCGAAUAUCAUCUGGAAAAAAAAAUCCGAAGAGCAUUGACCAUGAAACAGAAUAAAUAUAGCAGACACAAGAGAUGGUGAACAUUAUCUACAUCCUGCAUUUUUUUUUUUUUUUUUUUUUUUUUUUUUUUUCAAAUUCCAGCUUCAGUAUCCAGCAACCCAUUGUUUUGUUUUAUUUUAAAUCAAUUUGCCUUUACAGAGAUCUUGGGCUAUUUACUUGAGCAAUAGUUUUGUUCUUGGCUUUGAAACAUGUUAUUUUAUAGGGGUGGGGAAAUUUCUCUUAUGACUGCAUUUAAUCCUUUUUUCCUUUUCAUUCCCUUUUACCUUCUUGGUCUACCCCUGCUCCAUUUCUAAAAGAUGCAAAUUAGUUGUCUGGACUUCGUACAGGCACAAAUGGUUUCAAAUGUUUAAAUAUCGCUUAUAAAAAAUACACUGUCACAUUUAAAAAAAACCAGAGGUAAUAUUCUGUUUAUUUUGUGGUGAUGUGGCUGGAUGUUUAUAUGGGACGUAAAUCUGCCAGACCUGAAGGGCACAAAAAUAAAGAUCAGACAGCAGACACUGAUGUGUCUCUUGUUUGUUUAGACCAUAAACUUCACAUGGUUUUGUUGUGCACUAUUGUGAUCGGAGCAAAUUUUUAAAGGUAAUCUCCCCCUUUUUUUUGUUUUGUGAGGGCCUUUUAUUGCAAGAACACCUGAAAAUCCAUUAAGCUCUAAAAUGGAGAAACAAAACUUCAUUAUGUACACAACUUACAGUGUUAAGAUGAUUUAUGUGAUUCUCCGAUUCCAAAGCUUUUUAUAUACCUGUACCUGUAACGCAGAAGAGGGAGGUAGCUAAAUAAGUACGCUAUGGCAUACUGGGCAUUUUAAGAUCUUUUAGAGCGUUUGGUAAAUUUGCCCAAUACCGUUCCCAUUGACACCACCAAUGCUCAUAUAAACCUUUGUGGGGGCAAGCAUCCCAAUUCAAUGUCCUUUCCCAUAGACUUUAUCCAAGUUUUGAUUUUCUUGAGUUUUUCCAAGCAUUUUCUGAUCUGCAAGCUUUCUCCAGAAAAUAGAAACAAAGUGCUCAGAGCUGUCCUAGAGAAGAGUCAGUGCAGAUAUGGCACAAACAAGAGAUUAUUGCCUCAGAAUGUGAAUUGCCACUUUUUGAGGAAUCUCUUGCAAGUGCCUUACACAGCAAGUUCACCUUUAGGAGAGUCCAUAGAAUACAAUAGUAUGUGCCUACAAAGUAUUUGUGCACUUAGAAACUAUCUGCUUGUUUUCAUUAUAUAUGGAUCUUAAGCAAGCUCUACUGGGUCACAGGCUCCAGCAUUCUGAUGCAGAAUAAGUCAAGAGUUGGGGAAGUGCUGUUUAACACACAUGGCUUCCUUGCUCAUUGUUCCUUUUGGCUGUCAAUAUAACAAUGAGCAAGGAAGAGAUGGGGAAAGGCAGUUUAAGUUAAAGCCAGAACUCCUGACUAUGCUUCCGAAUUCUUUAUCAGGGAUGCCACUGAAAGUGGUUCUCAGAUCACUUUAGUAGAAUAUACUUUAACAAAACCAGUGACAUUUUUCUCAACUUGAAACAUUGCUUGUUUUAGCACUUACUGGUGUAUUUCAUAAAACUUCUUAAAGGUGAACUUUCCCUUGACCAGUAGAGAUUAUAUUUUGGAUGUUCUCAGCCAGUUCUCUGCAUUUUGCCUUAUUACACUUUUGUGCAUAGCUCUCCCCCAAAAAAACACACUGUGUGCCUAAAGACUUAAGGACAAUGGCAAACAUGAUGCUUCUAAACAACAAAAUGCAAGGAAUUGUCUGAAAUUGCUUCCCCAUUACAAUUGAUAACAGAAAUAACUAGUCUGAAUAUGUCAAUUUCUGAUUUAUUUGUUCAAGCCCUAUUUGGUCAAAUGGGCCAUAAUUAGCCAUUUUGGAAGUUCCUUCUAUUUUGUUGCAUGAUUCCCAAGAAGCAGUAGUAGAAAAAAAGGCAGCACAGAGAUUGUUCAUAUGGUGUUCUGUAUAUUCUGUAAUACUUUCCUGCUUCAAUGAGUUUCUUUGUUUUCCACCAUGUUUGAAUCUGUUUACUUUAGUUGUAUCUGUGUUCUUUUUUUUCCAGUUUGUUACACUCUUUGGUGAAAGCCUCAAAUCCAUUCUCAUCUUGUGAUUCAAAAUGAAGAGCUAAAUUGUAUUUUGCGUUGAGAAAUAGUUUAGUGUUUGGGAUGAUUUGAACCUGAAGCCCAGUGAACUGCAUAAUUAUAGUAGGUAAAGCCAAGUAAAUUCCUUUGAGUUGGAGACAUUUUGUAAUAUAGACAAAGUUUCGAAAGAGUCUUCAUACUAGGCCAAAAUGAUAACACUCCUUUUAUGUCCAGAUAGAGUGCAUAAACUAUCGGGCCUUUAUAAGAUAGGUAACUUGCCCCAAUUGAAUUGUCCAUGGCUCUCUUGGCAGUGGUGUUUUAUGUUUUUGCUCAGUUUUUCCUGUUGUAUGUUUAUUUGAAUUGUUACCAAUAUUGUAUAUUUCUUUUCCUUUUUUUUUUUUUAAAAUACAGUUUUUUUUAGUUUUGAGAGAACAUAUGGUGUCCGGAAUAUCUGACAAUUGAUUUAUGCCAGAAGGCCAUGCUUUUGAGUUUUCUCGACAGAAAGGAAAUCUGUGCAAUAAUAGAGAAUAAAUGUGCUCCCAGGAAUAGACACAAACGUUGUGACCAUUUACAAUAAGAAUAAUUCAUUAGAAGAGUCACAUUGUCUUGCUCUUUUGUAAAAGAUUUUUUUAUUUUUCUCCCUUUAGAAUUUUUAACUAGGCUGAUUUUAAAUUGACAUGCCAGAUAUAAAACAACGGUUCAACCCAAUGUCAAAGAAGAAAACUUAUAAAAAUAAUAUGAACAACAAAAUCAUAUAAAAACAAUUAUUUUGUUAUAUCCUUGACACAAACUUUACUAUUACCUCCAAAUCUUCAGCUGUUUUUAGUUUAAACAUCUCAAAUCAAUUUUACUUGGAAUGCAAAUCUAUAUUCCGACUGUCCAUGUCUUUCGAUGGUGCUUUUAUUUGCCAAUGAUUUAAAUAGGUUCAUCGGGAUUGUGUUUUCUACACAAUGAUUGGUGAUAUGACCCCUUACAGUUUCUACUUUGUCCAUCCCUUGGUGUCACGAUUUACUGAUUGGUCUGAGGUAUGUGCACAAGCUCAUUCAGACCGCAAAAUAAUAUUCGGCAACUCCAAAUGUCAUCACACGGUGUUGGCUAUUUUGUUAGUAAAAAAUAAAAAAAAUAAAAAGAUUGAGUCUAAUUCUGUAAACCUACCAACCGCCCUGGAGAUAUAAACGUCUACAUCAUUUCUACUGUCUUUCAAAUUAAAUUUACAAAAUGUAAAAAAAAACAUGAACCAGCCCAUGGCAGUUUUUGUACUUGUUAAAUACUUUCAUUGGUUUUCCGGUUUGUCUAACAACUAUGACUUUUUGGUGUUCUCUACUGUCCUGGACCAUGUUAAUUACACUUUAUGAUGUGUUUUUGGUUCUACAUCAUAAUAAGUUGCCCUGAUUUCCCUCACCCCUCCCUACCUUAUACUUGUUUUGACACAUUUUCUGUUGCAGUUAUCCUUUGCAUUGUAUUGCUCUGACAACUGUAAUUUGAAUCAGAUCUGAAAGAGGUCCAGAAUAAAAUAUAUUUUGAUAUUA